AAGGAAAGGCUUCCGGCUACACCUUCAAAAUAAAACCUCACAGCAGCUCCCUUCAAAUGCAUGAGCGAGUAACUGUGUUUUUUUCCUCACCAUAUUGCCAUUUUUUUCUUGAAAUAUUCUGGUAAAAUUUUUAGUUUUUCAAGUGAAAUUGCAACUUUUUUUUGUUUUUGCUCGUUCUGCAGCAUUGCCAUUUUUAAGACAUUUUUCCCCAAUAUAAUUUUUCUCAAAACUUUCUUUUUCCUCAUAAUACUGUAUUCCUUUUUCUUGGAAUAUUCUUGUAAUUCUCGUAGUCGUUCAAUUUUCCUUUCAUAGUGCGUAAUAUUACAACGUUUUUCCAUGUGGUUGCACAACAUUUUUCCUGUCUGAAUUACAUUUCUUUUCGUCAUACUAUUACAACAUUUUGUGUUUUUCUCUUUCAGUUGCAGUCUCCAUAGAGAGCGUUGGCGGGCGGAGUCUCCUGCGUCAGUAACCUUUGUCAAGGCGCUUGUUAUUUGCAUUUCCCUCAGGCUUGUGUGCUCCAUUUGUCUCAAUAAAUAUUGUGAUACCUGCCUCGUUGUUCGUUCGCUUUAAAAUCCACCGUUAGCGUUUUGGGAAUUCAUCUCAUGAAAAGAAUUUCUUGUCAUACAACGCCUUUACUCUGAUGCUUUGUCCUCAUAUUACGACUUCUUAAAUCAUGUCAAAUCAUGUGACAUCAUCUUCUGACUGUGGUUUUCUUGUAAUAUUGUUGCAGGCGAUUCGGAAUAUCUUUUUCACAUUUUUUUUUCUUGCCUCAUUAUGUGCAUGUUAUUUUUUUUCCUCACCCAUUUUCCAUUACUUGUGCCCUUCUGUGUUGAGUAGAGGAUAAAAUCUAUGCUUGUGGGGUGGGGGGUUCACACACGCACACAGGGACGCGAACGCGCGCACACACCCCUCCCUCACGGCAUCGCCGGCCACCAGCAGCGUCUGACGCUCAGCCCGAGUCGCGACGCAGCAGAGCCUCAUCUGCUCGUGACAUUCCGGCUUUUGUGUCUGAGCGAGGAGGGGGGGGGAAGACCUUCUUUGUGGACCACCACGGACAUGAUGGGUGACAAAGAGCGGCGACGUGUCAACUGCAAAGGCUUGCUGAAGAAGAACUGGCUGCUGAUCGCCACGGUGGCAUCGGUGCUGCUCGGGAUCAGUCUGGGUGUUGCCGUAAGAGAGUACGCCUCCCUGUCCCAUCUUCACAAGCAGUAUUUCGGCUUCCCGGGAGAGAUUCUCAUGCGAAUGCUGAAGCUGGUCAUCCUCCCACUGAUCAUUUCCAGCAUGAUAACAGGUGUCGCGGCCCUGGACUCGGAGGUGUCAGGCAAGAUCGGCCUGCGAGCUGUCAUUUAUUACUUCUCCACGACGAUUAUCGCCGUCGUCCUUGGCAUUAUUUUGGUGAUGACGAUCAAGCCCGGAGUCUCUCAAACGGCGCAGCACAUCGACAGAGCCGGAACCACGCCCAACGUCACAACCGUCGACACGCUGCUGGACCUCCUCAGAAACAUGUUCCCGGAAAACUUGGUUCAGGCUUGUUUCCAACAGUACAAAACCAAGCGCAAAGAGCUGGAGCCGCCUCAGAAGGUUCCCGUCGCGAACACGGCCAUUCCUCCUCUCGCGACCACUGUCAUGGCUGCCGUGGAGAACAUCACCAAAGAUUACAAAAUCAGCGGCACGUAUUCCGACGGAAUCAACGUUUUGGGCCUCAUCGUAUUCUGCGUUGCGUUCGGACUCGUCAUCGGGAAGAUGGGCGAAAAGGGACGCAUCCUUCUGGAGUUUUUUGAUGCCUUGAACGAUGCCACCAUGAAACUGGUGCACAUAAUUAUGUGCUACAUGCCAAUCGGGAUCAUGUUCCUAAUUGCCGCGAAGAUCAUCGAGGUGGAAGACUGGGAGAUCUUCCGGAAGAUGGGUCUUUAUAUGGUGACGGUGCUGAGCGGUCUCGCCAUCCACGCCGUCGUCUGUCUGCCGCUCAUCUUCUUCGUCAUUGUGAGGAAGAACCCGUACGCGUUCACCCUGGGGAUGGCGCAGGCCCUGGUGACGGCGCUCAUGAUCUCCUCCAGCUCUGCCACCCUGCCCGUCACCUUCCGCUGCGCUGAGGAAAACAACGGCGUGGACAAGCGCAUCACCCGCUUCGUCCUGCCCGUGGGCGCCACCAUUAACAUGGACGGCACGGCGCUCUACGAGGCCGUCGCCGCCAUUUUUAUCGCCCAGCUCAACGACUACGCGCUGGACGUGGGGCAGAUCGUGACCAUCAGUAUUACAGCAACAGUGGCAAGUAUCGGAGCUGCGGGGGUCCCUAACGCCGGCCUGGUUACCAUGGUAAUCGUCUUGACAGCUGUCGGACUACCUGCCAGCGAUGUCACGCUCAUCGUCGCUGUGGAUUGGCUGCUAGACCGUUUCCGCACCAUGAUCAACGUGCUGGGCGACGCUUACGGCGCCGGCAUCGUCCAGAAGCUCUCCAAGCACGAGCUGGAGAGGACGGACCUGAGCUCGGACGUGGACCUGGCCAACCCCUUCGCCCUGGAGGCCACGCUGGACGGCGACGAGUGCGACAAGAAAUCCUACGUCAACGGCGGCUUCGCCGUCGACAAGACGGACGCCAUCUCCUUUACCGAAACGUCGCAGUUCUAGAACCCCGCCCCCGCCUGAAGAAAGUGCCACAUACCCUGAGGGUUAAUAGCCUCUAUCAGCACCUAUCAUCAGCAAUAGCAGCUUCCAUUCAUCACUGACAUUUACCACCAAUUUCAAGUGCUUCCUUUUUACACCGAAACGAUACAUUUAUACUCCUGGAAAAGUCCUUAGUGGACGGAUGAGAGGCCUGUUUAUCAAGCAGUGACAUUCCACAACGCAGCUUUAUUUGCUUCCGAGUAGAAACGCACGGCUACUAUUAACUAUUUGUACAGAAAUGUUACAACUGUGCCAAGCCUGUGAAGAGGUGAGUUGCCUUGACGGCUCGAGUCGUGAAACACUGUGAACUUUGGCCACAUAAUAAGCGUACCGCCCUGUUCUCGUGAGAAUUUUUUUUGGGGGGGGGGGGGGGAAUGGCGCAGGAAAAGUUGCGAUAUUGUGAGAAAAAAAAGUCGUAACGUCACCAGAUUAAGGCUGGAAUAUUACAAGAAAAAAGUUCAAAGAAAGAAUGGUGUAAGGUUUAUGAUUUGAGACGCAUAAGGAAAGAAAUUUGAGAAAAUAUUGUUAUGACAAAGUUGUCAUGCUGCGAAAAAUGUGUAGUUUCAGAAAAGGUCGUAGGGUUGCGCUAAAGAUAUGAGGAAAAAAAGUCUCAGUGUUGCGAAGUGAUGAAAUUACAAGAAAAAUGUGGUAAUACCGUGUGGGCAAAAAACGGAAAGUUGCAAAAAAAAGUGGUCAUAUGAGGAAAAGAUUUAAGUUUGGAAUAUUACAAGAAAAAUGAUGAUCACAAAGUUAUGAAAAAAAGUUGUGGUAUUCCAAAAAAAAAAAAAAAAAAGUUGAGUCUCUUUAUUUUAAUGUGCAAUUAAAUUGAAAAAAAAAAAAAAAAACAUAAAAUUCCAGUGUGACAAAUUAAGGGUUGGAAUAUUAGAAAAAAGUGAUGAGGGUGUGAGGAAAAGCCGUAAGAUUGUGAAACUGUGACGCUACAAGAAAAAAAAAAUGCAACAUUGGAAAAUUAACAUCAGAAAACUGCAAGAAAACAUCAGUAAUACUGCGUGAAAUAAGUUGUAAUAUUGCGAAAAUCUGGCAAUAUGAGAAGCAAAUCACAAUGGUAAAUUCUCCCGAGAACAGGCUUUUCGAGUAGCGCCUUGUGUUUAGGCUGUUACAAAAUAGAUGAGAACCCGUUCUUUUUUCUUGUUGUUCAUGUUGUAAUUCAGCCCAAAUUGCACACACACGCACACACACACACACCAAGGAGACCAAGGUACCGUACUGUAUGCUCUUGUUACCUCCAGUCAGCUUUCCAAGUGUACUCCAAGACAACGACUAAAUUCCCUCCGACGCAUUUUGCCAUUGAAAGCGGACAAGGUUGUCGGGCGCAACGUGGCUCGAACGCUUGAUGAGUUUGUCGAUUCAUGUAUUCGCUGUCCAAUAUAUGAAUAAAAAGAAGUCGCUUCCAAAGCACAAAUUA